UGCGGACCAAAUGACGUUUGCAAGCCACAGUACCACGAAUUCCGGCCCUGUAUAUAACUGUAAAUAUUCUGCUCUCUCUCUGAACGAAAUUGAGCAUUUUUUUUAUUAUCUACAAUCUGAAAAUGUUCGCUUGUUGAAGGCGGGCGGAUAAAGAAGUAACAAAAUGAUCGAUCCAAGCUCAUCUGAAGAAGACAGCGAGGAUGAACAUAAGAAGCAACCAACGAAACUACCAGUGCCGCCGGGUUCUCUGGUUGGCGGACGUCCUUCAGUGCGUGGCAAGCCUGAGUUACCACGAGGCUCGACAGCUGGAUUACCAGGUGCAAGUCCACUAACAACAGCACCGUUAGCAGCUCCCCUCCAUCCAGCGACCAGACAAAGAGAGCAAGCUGCGCUCGCACCACCACCACACGCAUCGUUCUUGCGCAGGACGUCAACGGGCAGCGCGAGCUCCGGGGAAGCACCGGCGCCUUCACCGAGUCCAUCUGGUACCAGUCAUUCAGAUAAAGAUCAAGACCCACAGGAGAAAAUAGAGAAGUUGGAAGAAGAUAAGAAGCGUCGUCUGCAACUCUAUGUGUUUGUAUCAAGAUGUAUAGCACAUCCUUUCAACGCGAAGCAACCAACAGACAUGACAAGAAGACAUACAAAACUCACACCACAUCAACUUGAAACUAUUCAGGCUCGAUUCCAGGCAUUCCUCAAAGGUGAAACUCAAAUCCUAGCAGACGAGGCAUUCCAAAAUGCAGUGCAAUCUUACUACGAUGUAUUUCUAAAAUCAGAAAGAGUUGAACAAAUGGUGAAAUCCGGCGCCUGUUCUCAUCAUGAUUUUCGUGAAGUAUUCAGAAAUAACAUCGAAAAACGAGUCAGGUCUUUGCCUGAGAUAGAUGGAUUAAGCAAAGAGACAGUACUAACAACAUGGCUUGCUAAAUUAGAUUGCAUCAUGAAAGGAACAGGAAUAACAGGUAUACCUGGUGAUGAUGAAACCAAACGACCAUCGAGAGCACAACAACAGAGCCUCAAUGCUGAAUGCAUACUCAGCAAAGAACAACUAUAUGAUAUGUUCCAGCAGAUAUUAGGAGUUAAGAAAUUUGAACAUCAAUUACUCUUCAAUGCUUUACUGUUGGAUUCAGCUGAUGAACAAGCUGCAGCGAUUAGAAGAGAAUUAGACGGAAGAAUGCAAAAAGUCAACGAAAUGGAAAAGAACCGCAAGUUGAUGCCAAAAUUCGUGCUGAAAGAAAUGGAGUCACUGUACAUAGAAGAAUUGAAAUCUUCCAUCAAUCUAUUGAUGGCCAAUUUAGAGUCUCUGCCUGUCUCAAAAGGCGGUGCUGACUCUAAAUACGGUCUACAUCGUAUCAAGCGGUAUAAUCACAGAUCGAAUGCUGGACCAGAUCCGAGUCCAAGGUUGAGUAAGCAGCUGUGUUUCAGAUCGCAAGGAUCUCUAGCGAACAAGCUGACCGGUGAAGGAGACGGGGGUGACGUCGACACACAACUCACUAAAAUGGAUGUGGUUCUUACAUUCCAAAUUGAGGUGGUAGUUAUGGAAGUAAAGGGUCUGAAGUCUCUGGCGCCGAACAGGAUCGUCUACUGCACCAUGGAAGUGGAGGGAGGUGACAAGCUACAGACAGAUCAAGCUGAAGCCUCAAAACCUAUGUGGGAUACUCAAGGCGACUUCAGCACUACACAACCUCUGCCAGCUGUAAAGGUUAAGCUGUACACAGAAAACCCAGGAGUGCUAGCGUUAGAGGAUAAGGAAUUAGGCAAAGUUGUUUUAAGACCAACACCACUUUCCAGUAAGGCUCCUGAAUGGCAUCGUAUGACAGUACCAAAGAAUUUACCUGAUCAAGACUUGAGGAUCAAGAUUGCGUGUAGAAUGGACAAGCCUUUAAAUAUGAAGCAUUGUGGAUACCUCCAUGUGAUUGGUAAAAAUGUAUGGCGCAAAUGGAAGCGUCGAUACAUGGUGUUGGUGCAAGUCAGCCAGUACACCUUUGCGCUCUGCUCGUACAAAGAUAAGAAGUCUGAGCCAGCUGAAAUGAUGCAACUUGAUGGGUUCACUGUAGAUUAUAUUGAGUUGGCCAGUGCUCAGCUGAUGGUUGGUCAAGAAUUGGAAGGAGCGAAAUACUUCAUGAACGCUGUACGUGACGGAGAGUCAGUCCUGAUGGGUGUAGGUGAUGAGAACGAAUGUCACUUGUGGGUGAUGGCAUUGUAUCGUGCGACUGGACAGAGCCACAAGCCAACGCCGCCAACCACAUCUGAUACCCAUAUUAAGAUCAUGGGAGACGCUGACAAGGCUCGCAAGCAUGGUAUGGAAGACUACAUCCAAGCGGAUCCAUGUCAAUUCGAUCAUCAUCAGCUUUUCUGUGUCCUGCAGUCACUGACACUCAAGUACCGUCUUCAAGAUCCUUACUGCUCUUUGGGUUGGUUUUCACCGGGUCAAGUCUUCGUGCUGGAUGAAUACUGCGCAAGAUACGGUGUCCGUGGUUGCUACCGUCACCUCUGUUAUCUAUCUGAUCUCCUGGAUGUGGCUGAGAGUGGACAACAGACUGUUGAUCCAACUCUCAUGCAUUACUCAUUCGCGUUCUGCGCAAGCCAUGUCCAUGGGAACAGUACGGCCACGUUGCCUGGCAGGCCCGAUGGUGUGGGCAGCAUCACCGUGCAAGAGAAAGAGAAGUUUGCAGAGAUCAAGGACAGGUUGAAAACACUCCUCCAGCAUCAGAUCACCAACUUUAGAUACGCGUUCCCAUUCGGAAGACCGGAAGGUGCGCUCAAGGCGACUCUAUCAUUACUGGAGCGUGUUCUGAUGAAGGAUGUGGUGACUCCUGUCGCACCAGAGGAAGUCAGGACAAUGAUUCAGACAAGUCUAGAGAAUGCCGCUCUACUUAACUACACGCAACUUAGCCAGAAAGCUAAUAUUGAAGAGGAUCUAAGAGGAGAAACAAUGGUGACACCAGCAAAGAAGUUAGAAGAUUUGAUCCAUCUAGCGGAAUUAUGUGUUGACCUGCUGCAGCAAAACGAAGAACAUUACGCCGAGGUUUAUAACACAAAACCGGACUCUAGCGGUCAACAAAAUGCAUUCGCGUGGUUCUCUGAGCUGCUGGUGGAACACGCGGAGAUCUUCUGGGCGCUGUUCGGAGUCGAUAUGGACCGCGUGCUGUCAGAACAACCUCCUGAUACCUGGGACUCCUUCCCUCUGUUCCAAAUAUUGAAUGAUUAUUUGAGAAAUGAUGAUAAUCUCAAAGGAGGUAGAUUCCACGAGCACCUACGUGACACCUUUGCCCCCUUGGUCGUGCGCUACGUAGACCUGAUGGAAUCUUCCAUUGCACAAUCCCUGCACAAGGGAUUCGAGAAGGAGCGAUGGGAAAUUAAAGGUAACGGUUGUUCAACAAGCGAGGAAUUGUUCUGGAAGCUGGACGCGCUGCAGUGCUUCAUCCGUGACCUGCAUUGGCCGGAGCCCGACUUCCGCUCGCACCUGGAGCAGCGGCUCAAGCUGAUGGCAUCAGAUAUGAUGGAGACUUGUAUACAGAAGACCGAAGCAUCCUUCCAAUCCUGGCUGAAGAAGAGCGUGACGUUCAUGUCGACUGACUACAUCCUGCCGGCGGAGACGUGUGCGAUGGUGAACGUGGCGCUGGAUGCCAAGAACCAAGCGCUCAAACUGUGCGCCGUUGAGGGGGUUGAUAUUGCCAUGGAUCCAUCACUCGCUUACCAGUAUCACGCAAAAAUGGAUGCCCAGAUUGAAGCAUGUUUAUUGGCAAUGUCGACGGGGAUGACAACACGACUGUCAGCAGUACUCGAGGCCACACUGGCUAAGAUCGCCAGGUUCGAUGAAGGAAGUUUAAUUGGAUCUAUCCUGACGAUAGCCAAUGUUUCUGGUUCCGGCAAAGACAUCGGCCAGGGUUACGUUAACUUCAUGAGGAAUUCGAUGGACCAAAUCAGGUCGAAGGUGACAGAUGAGCUAUGGAUCCUGCAGCUAUUCGAGCACUGGUACGGCAUCCAGGUGAACAUGGUGAGCACGUGGCUGGGUGAGCGGCCCGCUCUCCAUCCGCAGCAGGUCGCCUGCCUCUCCAUCAUACUCAAGAAAAUGUACAGCGACUUCGAGCUGCAAGGCGUGAUUGAUGACAAGCUGAACUCCAAGGUGUACCAGAGCGUGGCCGCGCGCAUGCACGCUGAGGAGACCACCUGCAGCCUGCUACUGGCGCAGCAGGACGCAGGUGGAGAGGACGGUGGGUCGGAAGAGGGUUCUAGAAGCGGAAAGUCUAAACUGGAAUCUCUUACAGAAGACGCCAAGUUGGGUAACGUCGGCGCAGUCGUUGGAAAGGUUGGCAACAUGUUCGGUCGCGGCAUCGGGGAACUUUCUACCAAACUCGGCGGAGCUUCGUCUUGGUUUUAGCGCUUGAACGAUUGUAUCUCAUUCAACAUCAUCUCAUAAUUUAUCCGAUUUCAAUGAGAUAAGAUCUCAUUAUUUAGUUGACGUGAUCAUUUUAAUUUUAUCAACAUCAUGUAACAUUUAUAAGCUUAAAUCAAUAUUGAUAACCAAACUACUUAAAAUGUGCCUCUUACCAUUAUUCUAAAUUAUCAAAAAAAAAUCAUCAUUAAAACUCCCAGACAAUACGAAUCAUAUAAAAACUAAUCGCUUUGGUAAUAAGAGCGAAGCGAAUAACAAAAAAUAAUUUUAACAAUACAGUCGCCAUUUUGUUUACGCACGACAAGAUGGCGUUCGAUUUAAUUCGAUUUAAUGUAAGUGGCAAUGCAUAGCUUAGUUAAAAUUAGUGUUAAAAGUCUAGAUUUUAUUUUAUAAUAAAGCUUUAUGUACAGUUAGGAUCACUAUUGGUUUAUCGGAGCAAAUAAUGAUUGUUAGGUGUGAAUAUUAUGUAAUAUUUGAUAACACGAACGGUUAUAUUAAAGGAAACAUAUAUACAAACAAAUUGCAUACAUUAUGCUACAAUAAGAAAACAUAUCGCUUUGGCAAAAUAAAACGUUAUAUUUUAGUCAGUCGUGUGUAAAAUGUUAUAUUUAAAAAUAUAUCGAACUAGUAAUUGAAAAUUGGAAUGUAAGGAAUGCAUAUGAAGGUAGACAUCUUAACUGAAAUUGUUCUGUCACUAUUAUUAAUAUUAACCUAUCCUCGAAGCUCACGUUUUUCUCGGCUUGAAAUAAAUAAUUUUUUGAAAUAUUUUUCUAAUUGUUAAUAGUAUUUUAUCAUAAAACUCAUGCUGGAUUUGGUUAGUUUAAUUAGCGUCUUGCCCCGCCUAUAAAAUAAAAAUAGCACAUAGUUUUGACAGAGUAAUAAAUAUGCAAAAUUUCUCUAUUUUAAAUAGCAAUAUUUUUCUAAUCUCGUGUCAACUUUUCAUAUCAAUACAACUAGCUAUUUAACUUUCCAAUAACAUUUUUAAAAGCAUGUUUAUAAGAUACCAAAUGUAAUUUGGCGCCACGCCAACGUCAUCUAUGGCACGGCAGUGUUACCAUACACAAAGACAAAAAUUAAACCGUUAUUAAAAGAUUUUAUAAACAUGCGUAGUAAAUUUAAAAUUAGACACUGUUUUGCCGUAGUAAUACUAUCUAUACUUUUAAACUCUUUAGAUCGACACCUUAACUUGAAUUAGUCAAAAUAAUACAAAUAUAAUAUUAUAAAGUACUUACUCUUAUACUUAUAUUUAUAAAAAAAUAUUCUUCUACGCUAAUUACCUAAGAAAUUUUUGAACAACUAGAAGAAAUUUAAAGUUCUUAGAUAAAAGUUUAAAUUAGUGGUAACUUCUAAGCGCUAAUACGCCUUAUUAUGGUCUUGUUA